AGAAGUUCAUCUACUAUCACAGUACGCUAGAUUACUGAACAGUUUUUUAAAAAAAAUGUUGUCCGAAAAUCAAAACCCUAAAAAAUGGCGGUACACCUGGGAAGCUCAAUCUCACAUCCCUCUUCUCAAACUCUUCAUCUUCUCCCCAGAAAUUAAUCCAAUUACUCAUUGCAUUGAUCUCAAUGUCGAUUUAAAGUUCGAAAAAUCACUUGUCAUCUUAACUUGGAACCAUCAUAAAUCCCCAAAUCCAGUCUCUGUAUUCGUUCCGCUACCUAGGGUUUUAGUGGACCUCGAUAAUCCUCUCAAUUUCAGUGCUCUUGAAGAUCACAUUCAAGUUAAGAUUCCUCUUCUUCUUUCUGUUGAUCAUCCAAUUGUUUCCAGUUUUAUUUCUGAACUUAGUUCUGGAGAUGAAUUUGGCGCGUUUUCUUCAUCCGACGGUUUCCUUGAGCCGCUUUCCAUGGAUUCUGAUUUCAAGGCAUUGUCGUCCAAAGGAGAUGUGGACUUCUACUGCAGAAAAUGUGCGUUUAAGCUGACUAACCGUUCUGUAAGGUGUUUGGUGGACCUGCCUUCUGUUAACUGGACUGAUGUAGCUGACAAUUGGUUUGGGACUUGCUGCUGCUCAUUUGGAGGGAUCAGUGAGAAGCUUGUGGAUAAAUAUGUCAAAUCCUAUAGGUGUGCUGAGGGCACAUGCCUAUUAACUGCUGCAUCUGUCAUUCUUUGCAAGGAUGAUAUUUCAGGAUUUAAUUCUCCAAAGGCAGAUAUAAUUAGAAGUGGUGAGAAUAAGGGGUGGGGUGACAUUGCUGUUAAUUCUAUUACCGAUGUUGGCGCUAGUAUAUCGGUUGAAAGUCCCUUAUUGUAUGAUUCUUCUGCAAAACUUGGCUCAGAGCACAUCUCUACAGAUAUGAACAGAGAAUCCUCAGAAUUUUGUGAAGACCAAGAAGAGAAGCCAUCUUGUGCUCCUGCAAGGGUUGAUUCUGCUACUGAUGCUGAGGCAGCACACUGCGGUUGUGAACAUGAUACUUUAGAGUCUUCUAAGUACGAACCUGCUAGUGGUCCUGCUGCUCUUGAAGCUGACCAGAAAUCAUACCUCAAUUGCUAUCUCGGAAAUGCUUUUUUAUUCAGAUUAGAUGGCCUUUCAAAAGAUAUCGACUGGAUUGAUUUCGCAUGUCCUCAAUGCUGUUGUACACUGGGUGCAUAUCCUUGCAGUGAUGGUUCUAAACCACUAGAUGGUGGCAUUCGACUUCUUAAAUGUAAUAUCUCAAUUUUUUCACCUUCAGAGUUAUCAGCUGACUUAUUCAGUAAGUACACAUUGGAGAGAAUGUUCACUUGCCAACUCCUGGAAAGUGCUAAAGAUGAAUUGUCCUUCCGCUCUGUGGUUAAGGAUCUGAAGACAAAAUCUUCCAUGAUGCAAAUAGUUCUACUUAAUCCAAAUUCAUGGUGCUGUUCUGGUUGUUGCUCAGAAGGUACUGCAGAACCAUUCGUAAAAAUCAAUCUGCACCCUGUUGUGAAGGUGCUUUUUUCCCAUUGCUGUGACAAUCCUAUCUCCAAACCCAGAAUGGAUCAAGAAUGGGAAACAAAAAACCUAGUUGAUGAGAUCUAUAUGUUGAAACAUGUCAUUAAGGAGCUUGUAAAGUCCAUCGAGAAGGCAACAGGCAACUUUCCUCCAUCUUUUAGCUCCUCUCCUGGUUUUCUAUUGUCUUCUGUGCUUAGAUAAUCUUCAUAUGGCUAGGUAUAUUGUUUUGCUGGGUAGUUCUGAAUUUUUGUUCUAGUUGAUGACACCUGGCUAACAAUCAAUUAGGGUUCUAUCAAAGUUAAGUACUGCAACAAGUUGUGAACUCCAUCAUUUGGCUAUUGCUUAGUAUGCUCACAUCAUUAAUUAUAUUGGUCACAAAAAUUCCAAGAUUUCUUUGAGUAGGUGUAAAUUUGGGUUAUUAAAUUCACUCAUCUGAUCGAUACCAUUAUGAUAGCUCGGCUUAUUAUUGCUUUAUUGUUAA